AAAAACACGAUAGACAUGUCUGGAAGAGGUAAAGGUGGCAAAUCAAAGGCGAAGUCUAAGACCCGGUCGUCCCACGCUGGGAUGCAAUUUCCAGUAGACAGAGUACACAGACUGUUCCGCAAAGGAAACUACGCGCAGCGUGUUGGAGCAGGGGCACCCGUGUACCUCGCUGCAGUUCUGAAAUAUUUGAGCGCUGAAGUUCUCGAGUUGGCAGGCAAUGCUGCCCGUGACAACAAGAAAAGCAGGAUCAUUCCUCGCCAUCUGCAAUUGGCUAUUAGGAACGACGAAGAACUGAACAAGCUACUGGGCGGAGUCACAAUCGCCCAAGGUGGUGUGUUACCCAACAUCCAUGCCGUGCUUUUGCAAAAAAAAACGUCGAAGAGUUCUUGAGUCUUAAGGCGCCAC